AGUCGCUCCGUUUUUCUAAGAGCCAAAUCGCAGCGGAUGCCGCGGACUGGCUAACUGGCUAACUGGCUAACUGGCUUCUUCAAAGUGGCCGACGAGGCAGGAGUGGAGUGAAAUAAAAAUUGGCACAGCUUCGAGAGACUCGAGUCGGAGUGGCUGAGUUGGAGUCCAAAGUCGGUCCUCGAUCCUCCAUCCACGGCGGCAGACAGCAUGAGGCUCACGUUGGCCUGGCUCAGCCUCUGCCUGGCGAUUUAUUGCGGCGGUGGCCAUGGCCAUGGCAAUGUGGUCCUAUCUUUGCCACCAUCGCUUAUCGCCACGGCCACGAAGGCGGCCUUGAGCCACCAACGGCAGCAGCAGCAGCAGCAGCAGCAGCAUCUGCACCAGAAAAAGGAUGCACGCGUCCUGUUUGACAGCCCCGCCGAUGCACUGCGCGAUAUGCUGCACAACGGCAAAGGCAGUGGAGCCAUGGAUGCUGGAAAAUUUAGCCUGGUCGAUGUGGAGCAGGCAGCACCGCAGCGCUCUGAGGAUUUUAAUCGAAACGCAGAUGAUUUAGGGGCCAGGCAAUCAGCGCCGCAGGAAAUUGCAAUGGGAAUGGAACUGGGCAUGGGACUGGGUCUGGGUCCGGGACCCAGCAACUAUCGCACCACGCCCCCUCAGCGGUAUUGGGGCCAGCGUUGCCAGGGUCGAUCCGGCGGAGCCAGCAAGUGUCCGCAGGAAUACUAUCGCACCAUGCUGGCGGCCAGGAACAAAGAGGCCCUGUCCCGCCUCCACAUGCAGCUGAGUUCGAUGCAGGAUUCUGAAUCGGGGGCCAGCUCCUCCUCGGAUUCCGAGGAGGAGGACGUGGACGACGCUGACGACGUUGACGACGAGGAGCAGAACAACAACGAGGUCUUCAUGCUACUGACUGGCGAACAGGAUCUCAUGAAGUUCCUGCACUGGGCCAUGCAGCUCCUGUAUCCCAUUCAGCGUCCUUUGGGCAACCUGAGCGAUGGCGCUGCCGAGAACUACUACCCGGGAAUGUUUCUGUGGAGGAAACUGAAUCUAUCCGGCCACUUGGAGCCGCCUCUUAUUGUGGAUGAGCCGCAGUAUGUGCUGGUCAGAAGGGAAAAGCUGUUUGAUGGCUAUCAGUUUGGAGGAGACAUGAGCAAGGAGAACGAUCCUUUCAUACCGCCUCGAGGUCGCAAGCACAGCGGAUCGCUGGACCUGGACGCCCUGAUGAACCGGUACGAACCCUUCGUGCCCAAUCGCGGCAAGCGCGACAAGGUCAAGGAUCUGUUCAAGUAUGACGACCUGUUCUAUCCGCAUCGCGGCAAAAAGCAUCGCAACCUCAACCUCCUCCAAGUGGACGAUCCCUUCUUUGCCACCCGGGGCAAGAAGCUGCAGCUCCGGGAUCUUUACAACGCCGACGAUCCAUUCGUUCCGAAUCGCGGCAAGCGGCACUUGACAGUCGGUGCCGGGAAAUCGGGUGAGCGGGUGGCGGGUGCUGGAAAAUGGCCAGAUGACAGCAACAACUACUGGCCGCUGAGAAUGUCAACGCAUAAAAUUAAUGGUUACGAUCAAUCAGUCAGGCCAUCACUGUCACUGGAGGAUGCUGCUGCAUCAUUGGCUUCUUGGCGACUGCCCGCUAAUAGAUUGCGCUCGACAAGAUCAAUGUCAGCCGAUCUGCCGCAGCAAUUGCUGUUGCCCCAAGUCCGCUUCAUUGGCAAUCCGAGCAUGCGCCAGCAGCGGCAGGUGAAAACCCCAUCCUCAUCCUCAUCCUCAUCCUGGCCAGCGGAGGAGCGCCUCCGGAGCUCCAACGAUGCCCACGGGACACAAUUAACGCAAUCGCACCCGGCUAAUCCACAUGUGGACACUGAUACGGACAACCUAAACAUUUAAAUGCGGCGGGCGAGUUUCGUUUUCGGACUGGGUUUAUUUGGCUCUUGAGUUCGCGGCUUGGGGCACCGUUUUCCUCGACUCAUGUAGACAAAACUAUAUGGCACACAAUAAAGUACAGCAUGCA